AUGCAUCAACACAUCUUCGAGAGCAGCUAUAUUCCCAAGUCAAUCCACUCCCUGCCUACGCCCAAGUCCAACAACAUGACAGAUCGCGAUCUCGACACGGGUACCAUUCAGGGUGCACCUGAAAAAGCCACCACGAUGACUUCUAUCACCGCCCUGCCUUCCCCCGCACCUAAUCUCCCUCGACUAUCUGAACAGAAGCUGGAAAAGGUACCCAAGUUCUUGAAGGCAGCGUAUCGCCCCAAGCCUAAUACUUCGAUAUGCCUGAACAAGGAUUUUCCAGUGGCCGAAGGCCUGUGCUUUAAUAACAUGAGGGAGGCUCAGAAAUCGAUGACUGUUGCUCAGUGGUACGCACCUCAGGAGGAUGAAACCAUCCCAAAGACCGAGGAAGAACACCGCAGGAUUGUUAUGAUGUUGGUGGACGCAUUCAAGGACAUGAGCAUCGCCAAGGAUACCGCAACCAACGCCUACCGCAAGCGCUUCACUCCGGGUGAGACUUCCUACUACCAGGACUGGGCUAUCGAAGCCUGUGCCUGGGAUAUAGUUGACAAGGCCAAGUAUAUUCACACAGAGGGCUUCAAAAUUCCGAUCUACGACAAGUCCAUCGUCGACUAUAUCGGCCAGACCCAGAAGUGGCUGUUCGGAGAGCGUAUUGACUGGAUAUGCCAGGUGCUAAAGAGCUCGAAGCACGUCGCUGUUACUCUGAUGAAGCAUGAGAAGAACUGGGUUACAAUUGGCGCACCUCACAAGCUCUAUAGUAGCACCCUUGUCAACACUAUCUCAAACGCCCACCGUGGCAAGUGGAUUAAGGAUGGUCGUGGAGCAGACAGGGAUCAUCAAGAUCGUCCAUUCAAGGGCAAGCGCACUAAAGACCAAGUGACGUUUUCCGAAGGUGAAGUUGUUGGCAUGGACUUGCCCAACAACGUGGACUCUGGCACUGUUGCUGGAAGUGAAGAGACAGGAGCACAGAACCAAGAGCUUAUCCGCAAGCGUCAAAAGAUUGAGCAUAUUACAUUCGAAAGGAAGGAUUUCGACCCGGAUGAUGGAAUUACUGCAAAAUCUGACGCUGGUGUUCAAUCUGUCGAAAAACCCGGAAAGGGUCACAUGUCAAAUGAGUCCAUCAUCAACUCCAUGGUUGACUGCUUGGAUGGAGAUUUGCCCACGAAGUCUUUUGCUGUUGACCCCAGACAAGAUGCUUGCGUCAAUUAUUAUCCUGACACGAACAUCAAAGGCAGGUCUGAGUCGGACAACGAGUCGGAGCUCUCUGAGCCCCCCGAUGGUCUGCUCCCUGACGCCCUGUACGCUUCUCCUAUCAACAAGAAGACGGAUGACCCCAAAGUAGAUGCUUCAACUCUAGAGCCUCGGAUGGACGACGCUGCUCACCUAGACGGCGCGCAUAUGUUAGUCUCUCUGAGCGCCAGCCGUUGA